GUCACAGUCAGUCGGUGCAAUGUGCACACCUCAGACAGUAAGUAACGCGAGAAUGCGUUCCGCGUUCGUAACGGAUUUUACCUCGAAUCUCGAGCCUUUUCAACUCACUCACACACUUCCAUUCCUGUUCAUUCAAUCCACAUCCAUAACGAUAACAUGACCUCUCACGCGCCGCCGCCAGAGGACGACGACGCACCGCCUUGCCGCCGGUGAUUCCUCCGCCGACAUGCUUCGGAAGGCCAAAACCAUCCCCCUCCGGCGCGCCGUCGCCGCCUCCUUCUUCUUCGCCACCGUUUCUCUCUCUUGCUUGGUCCUCCUCGGAGACGUCGAUUCCCACCGAUUCCUCUCCAGCUUCCAUUCCUCUUAUUCUCUGUCUGGCUUUACUCGCAUUUUUCCGUCGGUGUAUAACGAUCCCGUUGCGACUAGCAAUGAAUAUCCACUUGAAAAGAUCCUGAAUGAGGCUGCCAUGAAAGACAGAACUGUAAUUUUGACCACGUUAAAUGAAGCAUGGGCAGCUCCAAAUUCAGUCAUCGAUCUUUUCCUUGAGAGCUUUAGAAUAGGAGAUCGUACCAGUACUUUUUUAGAUCAUUUGGUAAUUAUUGCAUUGGACCAAAAGGCAUUUGCACGCUGUCAGGUUAUACAUACCUAUUGCUUUUCUCUUGUUAGUGAAGAAGCCGACUUUCAUGAAGAAGCGUAUUUUAUGACUCCUCGCUACUUGAUGAUGAUGUGGAAAAGGAUUGAUUUCCUACGUACUGUUCUUGAGAUGGGGUACAAUUUUGUGUUCACAGAUGCUGAUAUCAUGUGGUUCAGGGACCCUUUUCCACUGUUUCACCUUGAUGCAGAUUUCCAGAUAGCGUGUGAUCAUUUCACAGGUAGAUUUGAUGAUGUACAGAACAGACCCAACGGAGGGUUCAACUAUGUAAAAUCCAAUAAUAGGUCAAUAGAGUUUUACAAAUUCUGGUACUCUUCACGAGAAACCUAUCCUGGAUACCAUGAUCAAGAUGUCCUUAACUUUAUCAAGGUUCAUCCUUUCAUUACUGAUAUUGGCCUCAAGAUGAGGUUUUUGGACACAACUAAUUUUGGUGGGCUUUGUGAACCAAGUAGGGAUUUAAACCAAGUUUGUACGAUGCAUGCAAACUGUUGCUUGGGUAUGGAUAGCAAGCUUCACGACCUUAGAAUUAUGCUUCAGGAUUGGAAACAUUAUUUAUCCUUGCCAACCAGUUUGAAGAGGUUGUCGGUUGUUUCCUGGAGGGUUCCUCAGAAAUGCAGCAUUGAAUCUCUCUUGCACCAUAAUUCAACAGAAAAGAGUGUUGAAGAAUAAAGUAUUCAUUGCAUGUGCUACAUUUCUCUGACUUAAAUGUGGAAGUUCAAUGGUGCUCUCGGAUGAAAGAUUUGAAUAGGAAAAUCAAUUUGGCUAAACCAACAUUUGAUGGAAGAUGCCUUUCAUGUAAAAGUACACUUAGGCAAUGUAAGAUGUAACACACUGUUCAAUUCGCUGAUUUUUUGUGUUUCCCAGUGCAAAUUUUCUGUGAUUUGCACAAUUUUGUGCAACAUUAUGUAAUAUGUUCUAGUGGAACUAUUUUCCGAUCCUCAAAAGUCAACACCCACCGUGCCUUCCUCUCUUCCCUCAAUGAAGUACAGAAACGGAGGAGAAUAGUCAAAACUCGAAAGUGAUGUUGAUGGCUGAUUCGAGUGCUACUUUCUGCCUUGAACCAUUGCCCCGCUUCCCUUUCUUUGCUCUGUAACGCAAUUACUAAUUACCAAUUUUGCUGUUAGUGACUUAUAUCUGUCCAUGGUUUUGACCAAAUUGAAUGUUUUUUAAA